AUGAACGAUAAAUAACCUAUUUUAUCAACAUGCCUAUUCUCUAAAAAUAAAUUCUUAUCCAUUAAAAACUAUAUUUCCUUAAUUAACGAUGGCGCUAUUAUCAUGAAAUCUCAAAUUCUAUUUAAAAAAAUUCUUAUUAUUUAAAAAAUAAAUUGCACUUAUGAACUGAAAGAAGAUUUGUAUAUUGUUUUAGCAUCAUCAAAAGUCAUUGAUGAUUAAUAAAUAUUUUUUGGAAUGAUUGAAAUGUUUAGAAACGAGACAAUUUUAGAUUGCUUAAGAUUUCUCUUUUAAGAUGAAAUACCAAAGUAUUACAAAGAAUAAAUUUCAUAGACAUAAAAUUUGUCUUUUGUGAAUAUUAAAUAUUGA